AUGACUGCUAACAAUGAUGAUGAUAUCAAAUCGCCCAUCCCCAUUACGAACAAAGCUCUCUCUCAAUUGAAGCGCGUAGAGAGAAGUCCCGGAAGGCCCAGUUCGUCGCAAGGCGAGAUAAACCGCAAAAAGUCCAGACUGUUUGCAUCGGAAGGAAGGCCUGAUUCGCCAUUGAGAGCAAGGUCCGCCACUCCAACGGUGGACCAAAAAAUGUUCAACGGUAUGGAUUCUACGUCGCUUUUGAACGAAAGAUUGGAGCAUUACAAGCUUGAUUAUGUUAGUGACAAGGCGCAACACACUAAGAAUAUAUACGAUCCGAACUCUAGAUGGUUCAGCAGAUCGGUGAGACCCGAAUUCCCCAUUGAAGAGUUUUUGCCAUAUAAGACCGAAAGUCAUGAGGACCAAGCCAAAUACUUGUGCCAUGUCUUAGUCAAUCUUUAUAUUGCCAUUAGUUCGUUAGAUAUACAAGGGUUAAUCUCUAUUUCCAGUAAAGAUCUGGCUGAUUUGAAGAAAGAGGUAGACGAUUUAGCUUUAAAAACGGACCUUUUCCGAUUAUCUAAUAACACAGCAGAGAACGACUUAGUUGGUAACGACAUUGCUGAUUACGACGAUGCAGAAGGUCUAGAAGACGAGUUGGAUGAAUACUUCGACCUGGCGGGCCCUGACUUCAAUGCCACGGGUAAGAUUACCGCUAAAUCUGCUACUAUCGUCAACGUCAACCAUUGGACUAAUGAGCUCAAGAACUGUUUGCAUUUCGAUUUCCCAGUKGCCUUAAGGAAAUCCCUUGCCACAGUUUAUUAUUAUCUGUCACUCGUCCAGGGUCAAAAAGUGUAUAGGCAAAUGCACGUUGAUAUGUUUGAAAGACUGGUAAACACCGAUGACGAUAGGACAAAUUUCACUGAACUUUUACAAAACGAAGGUCUUUUGUUGGACCAUCAAACCAUGUUAGAUUUCCUAUGCGAGUUUUUACCUUAUCCAGACCCGGACUAUGCUCGAUAUGAACUAACGUCGAAGGAAGAUUUACAGUUAUUCAGAUUACUUUUGAAGCACGCACACAACGCUAAACCGUUUUUUGACAAAACGAAGGAAAAUUUAUUAGUUGACACCAUGAAUUUCUUGUUGUCUAGUCUUGCCCCAUCCACUAUGAUGGCCAUCAUGCCCAUUAUCACAUCUGUCGUCCCUUACCACUAUAAUAUACAUUCCAAAAUCAUUGACUACUUCCCAUUCUGCUACAGUAUCUGGAGUUCAGUGAGUGCCAACGUGGCCAUUGAUACUCACAUGUAUGAUUUUGUUGGAUCAAUAUCCAAGGACGUUCAUAACAAGAUAUUAAGCAAUGGUCAUGGGAAGGAAAUAAACAGGGUAGAGUUUGGAAAAUUUGGGAUUUUCACAGAUGACCAGAUGACUUUUAUGUUCAACAGACUGCAAGGUCACCUUAGAACUGAUGGUCAAAUACAUUCAUACUCUCGCACUGUGAAGCCUUUCGUCUAUGCUAUCAACGGCUCCAAUAAAGAUAACUUUUUCGAGAAACUCUUGAGCUUAGCAAAGGCUAUCGAAACAUUCAUUCAUCCUUCUAACAAUGGAUUUUGGACGAAGCCAAAUGCUAAAUUCAUUCAUGCCUUCAUUAAAUCUUAUCAUGGAAGAGCCAAGUAUGAAGAAGAAACAUGUGCCAAUGGUAUCACGAACGAAAUAUGUCUGACUUCCUCUUGUCAUGAAGAGAUUGUCGAAAUUUUCUUGAAUAUAGUCGGCCUGGGUUCACAAAAUAAAAAUCCUGAUAUUGCCAACUAUUACAUUUCCUGUUUCGCAUAUUUAUUAGAACUGAAUCCUUCAAAUGCAUACCUCAUUUAUGACAAAAUACUGAUAGAUCUGUAUGAUACGUUGGCCGACCAAUAUAUUAAUUCUAGACACAGAAUCAUAUCUUCUUUGAAACAAUUUACAAGAGUCAUCAGGUUUGUUGUAAUGGACAAAUUAUAUCGUGUGCACAUAACAAACAUUCUUUCAAUGCUAGUUUCCAAGCUCGAUAUGAACGAUACCAAUUUGACAAGCAACCUUAUCAAUGGCAUUGUAUCGAUUGCUGCUUUCAUCCCUAUCGAAAACCUUACAAGUGAAGAAGAUUACUUAUCGUUCGAAUCUCAUACCCUUCCUUUGGUCGAGCAGCAUUUCUAUCACAUCAAAAACGGUGAAAGUUCAAAGACUUUCCCAACUGACGAAACGCAGUUGGGUGUUGCUUUCAAAGCCUCUACUACGGUUUUUGAAAGUAUUCUGAAAGUGUACGUAGAAAAAGUCUUCCAACUGGUCGAUGUGGAUUUAGAAGACUCUUUGGCCACCAAAAUAAACCAAACUACUAUGAUUUUGCAAGAAUCUAUGGACGAUAAGAUAUUCCAUUACUUUGGUGAGUUAUUACAAAGAAACUUCUGGAGUAAUGACUCCUUCAAGGAAAAGGAUCCAAAUUACGAAUUAAUCACCAUCCCGUUGGCAGCAUUGGUAAGAAGAAAUAAUGCCUUAAGUAAAGACUUGGUCAAGACUCUUUUAUUCCAUAUCAAAGAGCAAAUUAAGAGAGGCGCUGGGUCUGUUAGAAGUACAUCUGAAAUUCAGCAAAGAGAUGUAAAGUUGGUUUUGUAUUUGACUACGCUAAAUGAUGUCUUGAGACAAUGCCACAAUUCACUACUGGAGUAUAGCGAUGAGUUGAUAACCUUCAUGAAAUAUUUAUAUGACAACAUAACCAAUCCACCAUUAGAUGUCAUCACAUCUAUUGUCAUUCACAGUGCUUUAGCAACUCUAUGUACAACAGAAAUAACAGACUGUCGUCUAUUUCCAGAACAUUCUAAAAUUUCUAAAGAGGAUAGAUGGGGGGGACUGCAGUUCGAUCCUAGAAGAUUUGAAAAACAGCACCUGGACUUCCAAUGGCAUGUUCCUUCCAAUGAUGAGAUAACCUUGUCCAUAAGUAUUUUAGAAAGCCUUACAGACUAUUGUGUUAACAAAGUAGAAGAACUGAUGAAGACUCCCCAAAAUGAUUCUGAAUAUAGUGACAUGAUACAAAAGUACGUUUUAGUCAUGACACACACGCUUUCCGGGUCAAGUUUACUUUUCGAUCCAGAUUUUAACAAGUAUAGAACACAAUCAAACUUGUCAUAUAGAGAGAAACUGGUUUUGUUGAAGAAUAUCCGUGAAAACAAUUGUGACCCUCAAGAGCUAGAUAUCGAUAUUGAACAAAUCCGUUCUGGUAAGGAUGACGAAGAGUAUAUCGAGAGUAAGGAUAUUGAAGCAGGAUUAAAUACGGGUGUCUCUGAUGUUGUGCAACUGAGAGAUGAAUUCCAAGAUGAACUGAUUGUUGAUGAUGAAAUGGUAUCCGAGAUGCCCUCCGGUGUAAACACCCCCGUUGCAGGAGCUCAUGGUGCUGGUAAUUCAUCUAUGAGUUCCGACCUUGCCUUUAGAGAUUUGGACAUCUACAGUUGUAACUAUUACUUUGGAAAUACCACAGAGGAGAAGCUACAGAAUCCACAAUACUUACAAGUCCACAAGGUAAGAUCACGUAUUGGACGCUUCUUCCACAAGCUUUAUUUGUUCCUUUCUGCCAACUUUGAAAACAAUACCAACAUGUUCCAAAUCUUACUGCAUGGUCUUAAAGUUUGGUUUACAGAUUUGGGACAAGAAACUGUUUUCAAUGAAGAUCCGGAUGCCUUUAUUGAUAUCGAUUUCCUCGAGAACGUUCAAUCUCUUUCGCAUAUGAAUGAGCCUUUCACGAGAACCAACUUUGCUAUUAGGACAAACGGUUUGCAUCAAAGCAGAGUCCUAUUACAUUCAACAAAUAGAAAAGGUUCCAAGUUGGAAAACCUUUUAUUGGUUGACAUCAUACAUUUAGCUACAUCAAUUUAUCCUGAUAUUUAUAAACCUGCACAAGGUACUUUGGUACAUUGCAUGAAACAGUUGGUAGGGUCGUAUGGUAUCGUUAUUAACAAAGUGAUCCCAAUAUUGGAGAAAGCUGUUAAAGAUCACGAUUAUAUGAAAAUCCAAGUCAUUCUGAAUGUAUUGUUGAUUAAAAAAGUUCAUAGAAAGCUUAUGACAGAUUAUAGAGACAUCGACAAAUUGAUAUUUCUACUAAUUGAAUGCUGUCAUGUAAAUGAAUUAGAAAUUGGUAUGUACGCAGACAAGAUUUUAACUGAUAUUGUUAUUGGUAUCAAAAUUCCGUCCAGUGUAUGUGUCAUUUCUGAUGAAGCUUUCUUACCCUUAGCGCCCCCCGAUGGUACAAUUAAUUUGCAGGUUGAAGCCGUAAGGCUAGCCAAAAAGAAAAAGCGUGAAUACUAUCUCUCGCUAUUGGUCGAUUUGCAAAACAGACUGUUAGAUAAACUGGACAAUGAGAAAGAGAUGGGCUGGAAGAUAAAAAUGUUUAUUAUGCGCUUUGUUACGCAAAUCCAAUCGAGUUUGGAAAGUAAGCCCGACAAACGCGCAGUUUCCUCAAUAGUCUCACAAACUGCUACUAAGCAUCCAGAAAUUAUACAUUUGGUUGUAAAGUCGUUGCUGUCAAUUUGUAACAAAAUAAUUUCUCUUUCUGACUAUGAGUAUGACAUCAGCAGGGCCUAUAAAAAUGAAUUUAAUCCAUCUUUUGUUGAAAUAAUGGACACCUCGAAUACGGACUUCUCUAAGAAUUUUGCUAAGGAAAUGAAUAACUUCGACAAUCCGGAGUACUUUAUUGACUCAAGAGCAUUUGUUGGAUGGCUAUGUUGGGGCAGACCUAUUUAUGUGAUGUCGUCAAAAACUUUGAGCGUUAAUUUACAAAAGAAUGAGUUAGAAGUGUUGAAGAGCACUGGCCAUUUAGUGACGAAAGAAUUUUUGAAGGAUGUAACAAUGAACUUGGUACAAGAUAAUGAAACAAGGGGUGUUUUUAGUAGUGGCAAUGUGUCAUUCUUUUCUUUAAUCAUCCUUUUAAUAUCGUCUGGUUUCUGUGAACUAAACAUGUCAGAACUAUUUGAGCUGUGUGAGUCAUAUUAUAACAAAGAUGACAAGGCUUCAAUGAUUAUGUCCGUUGAAAUAGUAGCUGGUUUAGUUUGUGGUAGUAAAUUUAUGUCAGCCGUUGAUUUAGAGAAGCGUGAUGUCUUCAUAGAGAAAUUUUUGGCAAAAUGCUUAGAUUAUGAAUUAAAUCACGACGCAUUUGAAAUUUGGAGCACGUUGGCAUGGUGGUUACCUGCGGUGGUUGAUUUAAGAAGAUCCAAGACGUUCUUCAACCAUUUCAUCAAUGCUGAUAACAUGUUUGAUCCUGAAUCUGAUGCAGCCACACACCAAACUUCUAAAAUUUACAUGUUAAGAAGUAUUUUGAUGAGUAUGGAGUUCAGAGCACCAGAUGUUAGUAGACUGUUCGAUGAAUUGGUAUUUGACCAUCCUUACGAUCAGGUCCGUCAAGCUGUUGCCAAAUUAUUGACCACCCUGGUGCAAAAUCAAAGUAAUCCUUCGAUAUCAGAUCCCAAGACAUUGUUGGAAGCAGAACUGAAUGACUCAGAUGGAUUGGGGUUGCCGUUAAAGAGAGUUCCAGAAAAUGUGGACACGUACAUCAAGAAACAAUUUGAAAUCAUCAUACGUAUGGCAGAGAGUGUUAUUGGUUUGAGUCCUCAAGAAUUUAUCAAGACCGACUACUUCUACAGGACGUCUACCAUAUUUUAUUGGAUCAAGGAGAUGGCAAGGGGACCUAAUAAGGUUAUAUUGGUUCCAUACCUGGUGGAUUACGUGCUACCAUUUCUAAUCGGAUUAGUGAAGCACAAGGACGUUUGCGCUCUUGCCGGUCUGGACCCUAUCCGAUUAUACGCUGGCUUGGGCUACAUGCCAAUCAGAAAAAAUCAUGUUGCCAGAAUCGUCGAAUAUGUCUGUUCUUCGGAUGUAGUUCUAUCGUCGAACCAAACCAAACUGCAACUAGCUUUUAUCCAACACUUCCUGUCAGCAGAAUUACUUCAACUAACUGAAGAAGAAAAAAAUAAAAUCUUGGAAUUUGUUGUGAGCAACCUGUAUAACGAACAAUUUGUGGAAGUAAGAGUGCGUGCUGCAGCCAUACUGUCUGAUAUCGUUCACAACUGGAAGGAAGACCAAGCAUUGUUGGACCUGAUCGACAGGUUUGCAAAGGGGCUUGACGCCAACAAAUACACUUCGAAGGAAAAGCAAAAGUUAUCAAAGACAGAUAUCAAAAUCCAUGGUAACGUUUUAGGUCUGGGGGCCAUUAUAUCAGCCUUCCCAUAUGUUUUCCCUCUACCGCCAUGGAUUCCUAAGCAGCUAAGCAACUUAUCCUCGUGGGCCAGAACCAGUGGUAUGACUGGGCAAGCUGCCAAGAACACCAUCAGUGAAUUCAAGAAGGUGAGGGCCGACACGUGGAAGUUCGAUAGAGUCUCUUUCAACACGGAAGAGCUGGAAGACCUGGAGGGUGUCUUAUGGAGAAGUUACUACGCUUGA